GCUCGAAAGAAGCUGUCAGCACAAGAUGCGUCUGACUGCACUAGUCUCGUCGCUACUCUUAGCGACAACUGCUACCGCUGGCGGUCCUAGCUUUGGCCAGGCUGAGAAGAAGUACCUAGAACAUGUUGCCAACAGACUCAAGAACCACGCUGCGAAGGUCGAGGCUGCCCCGGCCGUCGAGCGUGAUGUUGCUAAAGUUCAAGAACCCAAAUUCCUGAAUGACAACACCACAAGGUUUGCCGUCGACGGGAAGAACAUUCCUGAUGUUGACUUUGAUGUGGGAGAGUCCUAUGCUGGCACCUUGCCCAUCAGCCAGGACCCCGAGGAGAAGAGCGAGCUUUUCUGGUGGUUCUUCCCAUCUACGAACCCCGCUGCUAAGAAGGAGAUCCUGAUAUGGCUCAACGGUGGUCCCGGCUGCUCCUCACUGGAAGGUUUCCUCCAAGAAAACGGCCCGUUCCUCUGGCAGUAUGGCACUUAUAAGCCCGUCAAGAACCCCUGGAGCUGGCACACCCUGACCAACGUCAUCUGGGUCGAGCAGCCCGUCGGCACCGGCUUCUCUACCGGCAACGUCACAGCCACUAGCGAGGAGGAUGUCGCCGCUCAGUUCAUGGGUUUCUGGAAGAACUUCAUCGACACCUUUGCCAUGCAGGGCUACAAGGUGUACAUCACCGGCGAAUCCUAUGCCGGCCUCUACUGCCCCUACAUCGCCUCCGCCUUCCUCGACGCCAAUGACAAGACCUACUACGACAUGUCCGGCCUGAUGAUCUACGACCCCGUAAUCUCGUGGGACGAAGUCGCCGAGCAGGUCCCUGUCGUCCAGUUCACCGAGUACUGGUCGGGACUCUUCCCCUUCAACGACACCUUCCGGGCGCACAUCAAGUCGGUCGACGCCAAAUGCGGCUAUUCCGACUUCGUCUCGCAGUACCUGGUGUAUCCGCCUAAGGGCCUACAGCCCUCCAAGCUGCCCGGUACCGAUAAGACCGGCACCACGCGCGACGAAUGCUGGGGACUGUUCUACGAGAUCUUCGACGCCAUUUUGCUGUUGAACCCGUGCUUCAACAUCUACCAGGUGGCCACCACCUGUCCCCUGCUGUGGGACGUGCUUGGGUUCCCGGGAUCGAUGGGGUACCUGCCCGAGGGUGCCAAGGUGUAUUUUGACCGAGACGACGUCAAGAAGGCAGUCCACGCCCCUGAGACCGUCAAGUGGUCCAGUUGCUCGGAGCAGAACGUGUUCGUGGGCGGACGUGACCGGUCGGAGCCGUCGAGCUUCCAUGCCUUGCCGCAUGUCAUCGAUGCGACCAAGAACGUGAUCAUCGGCCACGGCGCGCUGGAUAUGGUCCUGAUCGCCAACGGCACCCUCCUGGGCAUCCAAAACAUGACUUGGGGCGGCAAGCUCGGGUUCCAGAACAAGCCCGACCAACCGUUUUAUGUGCCGUACAACACCAUGACGGACCUGUCGACGCUGGCGGCCGGCGGCGUGUUCGGAUCCAUGGGCAGCGAGCGAGGCUUGACCUGGGUACAGAUCGACAUGUCGGGCCACAUGGUGCCGCAGUAUGCGCCGUCGGCGGCAUACAGGCAGCUAGAGUUCUUGCUGGGCAGAGUCAACUGCUUGAACUGCACGGUCCCGUUCACGACGAACCCGGAUGCGCCGCAGAGCCAGCAGCCUUUGGGCGAGGGGACGGCGCCUCAGAGCUGGAGUCAGUUCCCGGGUAAGACGGGAAAACAGCAUGGAGGUGGAAGAGGCAGGUUCGUCAGGUGAAGGGGGCGUAAUGGUGAUGAAGGUUAUGAUGGAUGAAGUGUUUCGAUACCAGUCGGCGAAUGAGGAGAGAUUCAAAACGAUCAAAAUUUUUCUCUAUGUUGCGCUGGAAACCGGUCAGCACGUUGUGGAAACGGAACUUUGCCAGAAAACAAGAUUGAUAAGAAAUGCUGAACCGUAAUGCAUCACGCUUGUGUUGUAACGUCGUCAACGUCUUCAUCAUGUCUCCUUUUCGAUUUCCUUUCGCACGAUCAGUUCUUAGCCUUCCGUCAAGACCUAUACGAUAUACAUACACAAUACACAUCAGUGAGACAUUCAUUGUUAAAACCGUUUCUUUUCCAUAACCAAUACCAACACAGAGAGAGUGGAAUAAAAUAACACAUAGGGUACACGCAGUCCCCUCAUUCAGUUGGCUGACGCCGUAGUUGCUGGCCCCCUCCUUCACAAACUUCAAGAAUGGGUACGCGGGUAUAUGCUCGCGUGUGAGCGUGUCGUGAGGAUGACUUCCCUCAUCGUAUGCGACCCAGUGACAACACAGAACCUUACACCAACGCCAUGCUAAAAUCAACGACAUAUGUUGUAGUGUACAACGCGACACCAAGAAAGACAGCGCACAGAGAUUGUGGCCUAACUCGUCUUGCGGUGCCGUGGAAAAAAUGCGUCUUUCGUCCGCGUACUUCCACCGGACUUCCUUGCCCAGAUUGAGCAGAGGACAGGGUCGGAUGCGUCUCGGUGAUACCCAAUGAUGGACAAAGACGGUGGCAAGGGCAAGUAAACAUAUCAUAAGCUUUGGCAAAGGCCCCGGAGCACGACCGAAGGCCUAGAUGGUCAUUAUAGCCCUAGCUCGGUAAUUCGUUCAAGCCUUCUCCAUGUUGCGUUCCCGUGCCAUCUUUCUGAGCUCCAGGACGCCCAUGAUGCCCGACUGGCGAAGUCGCUCGAGAAUCAGCUUCAUUCCCUCUCGGCUCUUGCCAAGUUGGUCUUGGGUCUUCUUCGACGCCAGGCUCUCGAUGCUUCGUUGAAUACCAUGGGCGCCAAGCCGAGAAAAGAAGCCGCCCUUCUCUUGUUCAACUUCAUGUGCGUGCAAGUGACCCAACUUGUCGCGAAUGCGCUCCCCAAAGCGAGAUCGAAAGACCACCGUCGUGGCAACGUCGGUCGUAUUUCCAUUCUCAUUAGUGCUCGUUGGGAUCGUAUAGAUCUGCUUCUCCACCACCGACAGAACGCCGGCAAAGUUCAGGUUCCGGCUCUCGGUCGACAUCCAGCCCUCCUUCAUGUCCACAACGCUGGUCUCCAUGAUAUAGGACGCCUUCUCGGUCGUGGCACCGCCCGUAAUGCUAGUGGGGAGCAUCUUCAUGAUAGCAGGCGGCAUACGCGACUUUUUGAGGUGGAUGCGAGUCGUGUGCAGACGGCCGGUGGCCGGGUCGACAUGCGAUGAAAGGGUGUCGGUGCUCAUGACAUGCUGAGAAAAGGGAUUGAGCUGCGGGGAGCAGUACCGGAGGAAGAAGGCGAGCGUGACGGUCGGGAAAGGAUGGCUAUAGGUAUGGUUGGUAGUGUGCGUGAGAACCAUUUUGACCGAGGAAGAGGGUGAAGGAUCGUUGCUAUUGCCGUAUGGAAGAUUUCGGUACGUAUCGACUUGUCCAGCAAUGGGACUAUGAAGCGCUCGAGUUUCGGAUGACUGGUUCCUAGGGCUGGAUGUGUAUAGAAAGCACGGUUCGAAGCUAGGUAGGCUCGGGCGGAUGGCCGACUCCAGAUAGAAUUGGUAAAUAGCAGUGGCUUGCCGAAACGUGGGGAGUCUGGAAUGAAGUCACUGGAGGUGGCGAUGUUGUAAUCGUGCACGUUGUCGGGACGAAUCGUGUGUAGUUAUCUGUGAGAAGCGCAGCUCACGAUCGCUGGUAAAGAGGUUUUGACAUUGGAACGGAGCACGGCCACAGAAAGCUGUCAAAUCCUCUUUUCCCAAUUGCCGUGGUGCGAUGAUGGUAGUCUGAAGUUUUAGUACAGAGGUGCUGUAGGCUGUGGUAGG